CUGUCUACGAAAUAUCCUCAACUUGCAGACCCUGAAGGGUCUCAUAGACGAACUCGGCUCACUGAACGUUUGUCCUGGAUUCAGACCUCUGGCGACGCAUUCCGUUGGCGUUUGGAUAGGCCUGCUUUAAUAGUCAGCAGUUGUAGCUGGUCACCUGAUGAUGACUUUUCUGUCCUGCUUGAAGCCUUGGACUUGUAUGAUUCUCAAGCGGCAUCUGGUGAAGGGGUCUUGAACCUGCCAAGGAUAAUUUGUAUUGUUUCAGGGCGCGGGCCCCUCAAAGAUUUCUAUAGCUCAGUUGUAGCAAGACGUACUUGGCGUAAAGUGGAGGUGCUCAUGCCUUGGCUAGAGUGGAUUGAUUAUCCUAGACUACUCGGAUGCGCGGACCUUGGCGUUAGCCUUCAUCGAAGCUCAUCUGGUGUCGAUCUGCCAAUGAAGGUGGGAUAA